AUCGAUGUUUAUGCCAACUUGGGCUCUGAUUUGGUGAGGGUGCGUGUAGCGCACGCGCGCUGUGGGCGGGAGGAGACGUGCGUUUAUAAAGGGCGCCGCGCGCGCCGUGGGGCGGCGACACCGUUCGGAAACGGCCGUCGGGAUCGCGGAGGACCGAGAGAGAAGGCUAGGGAAGGGAUUUUUUUUCCGUAAUUCAUCUCAACCUGGGUGGGAGAGGCGCGCCUCUCUCGGGCUCCUUGUCGCCUCUCCCAGCCCCCGGUAUGGAUGAACACUUCAACCUCAUAGACUCACCAUCGACGCGCCACAGGGGCAACAACGCCGAGAAUCACGGCUACGCGGAGACCGAGAAGGGCAGCAUGACGGUGAUGGCGACGGAGUUGCUGGAGGAAUCGGCCGUGCUGCCCGGCCACCUGUCGCUGGACCGGUAUGAGGCUGAGCACGAGUGCUGCGAGAGAGUGGUUAUCAACAUCUCGGGUCUGCGCUUCGAGACACAGCUCAAAACUUUCAACCAAUUUCCAGACACCUUGCUCGGCGAUCCGAAAAAGAGGAUGCGCUACUUCGAUCCGCUCAGGAACGAGUACUUUUUCGACCGGAAUCGUCCAAGCUUCGACGCUAUCCUCUACUACUACCAGUCGGGUGGGCGCAUCCGGAGACCUGUCAACGUGCCCAUAGAUAUUUUCUCGGAAGAGAUCCGGUUUUAUCAGCUGGGCGAGGAGGCGAUGGAGAAAUUUCGUGAGGACGAGGGUUUUAUCAAAGAAGAGGAGCGCCCCUUGCCCAACCAUGAGUUCCAGAGGCAGGUCUGGCUUUUAUUUGAGUACCCGGAGAGCUCAGGCCCCGCCAGGGGCAUCGCCAUUGUGUCUGUGCUGGUCAUUCUGAUCUCCAUCGUCAUUUUCUGUCUGGAAACUUUGCCCGAGUUUAGGGACGAUAAGGAUCCUGUCACUGUAGCGCCCGUAAUAAACGGCACGGGUCCGUACGGACCGAGUUCCUUUACUGACCCUUUUUUUAUAAUCGAGACGCUUUGCAUAAUUUGGUUCUCAUUCGAGCUUCUUGUGCGCUUCUUCGCCUGCCCCAGCAAAGCCACUUUCUCCAAAAACAUCAUGAACAUAAUCGACAUCGUGGCCAUCAUCCCGUACUUCAUCACACUGGGGACAGAGUUGGCUGAAAGACAGGGGAACGGGCAGCAGGCCAUGUCCCUGGCCAUCCUGCGCGUGAUCCGCCUAGUGCGCGUGUUCCGCAUCUUCAAGCUGUCGCGCCACUCCAAGGGCCUCCAGAUUCUUGGACAGACCCUGAAAGCCAGCAUGCGAGAACUUGGCUUGCUUAUCUUCUUCCUUUUCAUCGGCGUUAUUUUGUUCUCCAGUGCGGUGUACUUCGCAGAGGCGGACGACCCAGCCUCAAGCUUCAGCAGCAUCCCGGACGCGUUCUGGUGGGCCGUGGUUACCAUGACUACGGUGGGAUACGGAGACAUGCACCCGGUGACCAUUGGCGGUAAGAUCGUCGGCUCGCUAUGUGCAAUCGCUGGUGUGUUGACGAUCGCGCUGCCGGUGCCGGUCAUCGUCUCCAACUUCAACUACUUCUACCACCGCGAGACAGACGGCGAGGAGCACGCGCAGUACCUGCACACGGGCAGCUGCGAGCACCUCGACUCCACCGAGGAGAUGAAACGGACGCGGAGCACCUCGUCCCUCAGCAAGUCGGAAUACAUGGUGAUCGAGGAGGGAAUAAACAGCGGCUUUAAGCAGGCGAACUACACAAACCAAAAUAAUCAGAACUGCGUGAACAUCAAGAAGAUUUUCACCGAUGUGUAAAUCCAACACAGGGACCAGUCUGAGAUGUUCCUCAGAUCAGCUAUACUUUACUUUUGGAUUUUCUUCAUGCACAACCUGUACGCGGACUAAAACCUGUUGGCCUGCAAAUGAUCAUGCAUUCUCUAAAAGUGGUUCAAAGUGGACGAAGGGCGGAUCAGGGACGUUAAAUAUCCUGAAAAAAUAACCAAUAACGGAUCGUUUGUGAUCGAGGUAAAGAUCAGGACCUACUAUUAAAGAUUUCUGCUGAUGGGCAUUUAUAUCACACAGUCAAGCUGAACCAUGGCUCUAUUCCAAACUGGGAAAAGAAGUUUUAAAGCAGAGACAGAUCCAGACCUAUCAAUAACUACUAGGCAAAGUACAAAGCACAGUACAAAGCACACAAACUCAUCUAGGUGAUGAUUGUUGUCCGCAUUGUUGUAUAUCACCUUCUCAUCAUAUGAAGACUCCUUGUCUUGAAGUGGCCUUGUUCAUUGGACACACUGCCAGACUGAAUGUAUAUAACCUAUUAGAUGGACACUCAAGGGACUGAAGCUGAUUAACGUUAACAUAACUGCCAGUACUGUAGUAAGACAUAUAUAAUUAAAGAUGUUAUUUGUAUGUUCUUCAUGUAUUAACUGUUUGUGGUGUUCAAACCAGAUGUCUGUGUAUAUGUGUGUUGUUAUCGAAGGCAGUGUUUAUGUAUUAACUAUAUUAGACAUUCCAAGCACUGAAGCACCAAAAUUCUAAAUGUUUUUUUGAUGAGAUUAACUAAUAAAAUGGGUUACACACA